AAGGCAGCUAGCUUAGAGGGAAAUGAAAGCAAAUAUUUAUUCCUGAACAACUGUGAGAGGGAAGGGCCUUUCCCUCUUGAGCCCAGCUAUGACCAGCUUCUGUCCAACCCCCAGAGUCACCAGAUUGCUCCAGACCCCAGGAAAGCGGAGGAGGAAAGGGACAAUAGAGAGCUAAGUCCCAGCUUCAAUGAAGAGACAAUGAAGAGCCCCCAUCCCAGGGCUGGCCUCAGGGCUAGUGGGGCCGUGGGGCUCAGGGACUCUAUUCUAUCCCCUCAGAUUCCAGUGAUGCUGCUCCUCAGCUUCUCAGAGCUGCUCUUCAACUGCCUACUGCUCACAGUCCUGGCACAAGGACUGGAGGACCCCUCUGAUCCUCCCUCAGCUAGGAGCUCCUGCCCAGAAGGCUUUGGUUUCUUUGGUUCCCACUGCUAUGGCUUAAUCCGUCAUGAAGAGACUUGGAACACUGCAGAAGUGCUGUGCCAAGACUACCCCUCGGGCCACCUCGUGUCCCUGCUCAAUGAGGCUGAGGCAGGUUUUGUGGCCGCCAUGAUCACUGAGAGUGGGGGCAGUCAGAAGCCCAUUUGGAUCGGUCUGUAUGACCCCAAUAAGAACCGCAGGUGGCGCUGGUCCAGCAGUGCCCUUUUUAUCUACCAAUCCUGGGAUAAUGGAGCCCCCAGUCGAACAAACCCAAACUACUGUGUAAUCCUGACUCAGGAUUCAGGAUUCCAAGCAUGGAAGGAUGAGCUGUGCAGAGUAAAGCUCCCCUACGUCUGCAAGUUCAAAGCCUAGAAGAGGCAAGCCAAAAGAACGAAUUGAAGUUCUUCAGUCCUGGAUUCAAUCAGACAUUCUGAGGGCCCUGAUUAUAGUCUCUCUGCCCUCCAAGAGAAUCUUUUUUCCACCAUGCUUCCUCACACAUGAACUCCCCUUCACCUUGUAAUGCUCCUCCUGUCCCCAUUUCUCCCUUUUCUACUUUUUCUUCUGUCACUCUCAUUACUUUUAGUGCUUAUUACCAUUGACCCAGAGCAUCAACCAAUUAAAAUAAAUUGUC